AUGUUUAAUCAUUACACCAAACUACUAUUAAUGGAGCCCUGGAGCAAGCUGCCCGGAAAGGUGGUGCUCGUGACUGGAGCCUCGUCGGGACUCGGUAGAGAAUUCUGUCUCGACUUGGCUAAGGCAGGUUGUCUCAUCAUUGCAGCAGCUCGUAGAGUGGAUAGACUUAACUCCUUGUGCGACCAAAUUAAUGAGACAAAUCAAUUUUCCUCUACUAUAAAAGCUGUAUUUGUCGAGCUCGAUGUCACUUCUAAAGAAAACAUAAUUGUCGAGGCAGUUCAAAAGGCUUGGGAUGCAUUUGGACGCAUUGAUGUUCUAAUCAACAAUGCCGGUGUUAGAGGGAGCACUAGUUCUGUUAUAGAUAUUAGCCAAGAUGAUUGGGACCAAACAAUGAAGAUAAACCUAGAUGGUCCAUGGUUGGUUGCGAAAAAUGUGAUGGCUCAUAUGAUAAAGGCAAGGAUAGCCGGAAGAAUCAAUAUCUCCUCUAUCGCUGGCCUCAACCGUUUUGUUAUACCCGGUGCUGUUCAAUACAUCAACUCUAAGGGAGCACUUCACACUUUAACCAAGAUUAUGUCUUUAGAGAUGGGGAAAUAUCGAAUAAGAGUAAACGCAAUAGCGCCAGGACUUUUUCUAUCAGAGAUAACUGAAGAACUUUUCAAAAAAGAAUGGUUGAUGAAAAUAAAAAUUAAAGCUGUACCACUGAAGAAGUUUGGAAAAACGGAUCCUGAGUUAUCUUCGCUCAUCAGAUAUCUAAUUCACGAUUCCUCCUAUUACAUAUCGGGAAAUGUAUUCAUCGUGGACUCAGGCUACUCCCUUUUAGGCUCUUCUCUUUUGUCUUCUCUUUGA